GGCUCGGAGGCCGCCGAGCACGACUACGAGGAGGGCGAGAAAGGCAUCGUGAUCGGCAUUCGCCACGAUGAGAACUCCAACCCGUCGUCGCCGUCCUCGCCGAUGGCGCCGCCCGGCGUCAGACAAGGGGACAGUAUCGCCGACGUGCACGUGGGCGAGCUGGACUUCACGGAAGUGCCGACCCCGCCGGACGGAGGCUACGGCUGGGUCAUCGUCUUCGCCUCCUUCCUCUGCAACAUGAUCGUGGACGGCAUCGCUUACAGCUUCGGUAUCUUCAUGCCGGCCUUCGUGGAGUACUUCGGCGAGGGUGUCGGCAAGGUGGCCUGGGUGGGCAGUCUGCUGAACGGCGUCUACCUCAGCGCUGGUCCGAUCGUCAGCGGACUGACGAACGUGUACGGCUGUCGGCCGGUGACCAUCGCCGGCGGCAUCAUGGCCGGCACGGCGUUCCUCAUCUCGACCACGGUCAGCAGCGUCUCCUGGCUGAUGCUGGUGUACGGAGUCAUCGGAGGUCUGGGCUUCGGCCUGAUCUACCUACCGGCGAUCGUCACCGUCAACUACUACUUCGAGUCGCGCCGCGCGCUGGCCACCGGCAUCGCCGUGUGUGGGUCUGGCGUCGGCACGUUCGUCUUCGCCCCCUUCGCCUCCUACAUGCUGGGCCAGUAUGGAUGGAAGGGUGCCAACAUGAUCCUGGCUGGCAUCAUCUUCAACGCCGUGGUGUGCGGGGCGCUGAUGCGUCCGCUCGUCUACAAGAAGCCCAAGGCGAGCCAGAAGCCGCUGCUGCAGAAGAUGGCCGAGGACAAACAGCGCCAGUUGAAGCGUGGUUCCAACGUCUCCGACAGCUUCUUUUUCGUCCAGCUGCCGGACGGCACGCUCGAGCGCCGGCCCAAGUGGAAGAUGAACGCCGACCCGGGCGUGCACUCGUCGCUGGCGCUCAACGAGUUCGGCUCGCCGUCGGCGGCGCUGCCGACGAUCGCGGAGGCGGCGCGCACGGGCGGCUCCAGCUCACCCGAGGAGGGCGCCGCCGAGCCGCGGCCGUCCCAGCCGCCGCCGCCGCCGCCGCCCGGCUCGCUGGCGCCCGCCGCCGACCGCAACGGCCAUUGCCUGCCGGCUGACGCCAAGGACGGCCCGGCGGCCGGCGAGGAGCAGCAAGCCGAGAAACCGGCUCAGGAGGACCCCGGCGACGGCGGCGACGCGCCUGCCCGCAAGGAUGGCCCCAAAGCCAACGCCAAGGAAGGCGACAACGACUCGGAGAAGGCCAGCGACGAGGAAAAGAACGACGUGGUGCCGGAGCUGCCGGGCGAGGACCUCGAGCUGGGCCGGCGCGGCAGCAAGAAGGAGGUGCGCACUCGUGCCGUCAAACGACGCAGCAGCGUGCCCAAGGGCGAGCCGCCCGCCGCCACCAACGGCGCCGCCAUGCCCAAGAACGUGUCGACACCGUCGUUCGGCCAGCAGCAGCGAAACCCGGACCUGCGCCGCUUCUCGUUCCACAACCGGCGCGGCACGGGCCCCAGCCAGGAGGACCUCUGGCUGUGCAGCAACACGAGCGUGAGCGCGGCCGGCUCGCGCGGCUCGCUGCCGCGCCCCGGCGAGAUGUUGCGCCCUAUGAGUCGGCGCGACAUCUUCUACAGCGGCAGCAUCGCGCACCUGGCGCAGUACCAGAGCCAGCGCAGCCUGGCCUCGUACCGCGCCUCGGUGCUCUCGCUGCCCCGGGACGGAUACGCCGACCAGCAGCACGACCCCAACUCCUGGGCGUGCGUGCUGCCGGCCGGCUGCGGCGUGCUGGCCGAGAUGAUCGACAUGAGCCUCCUGCGCAACCCGCUCUUCAUCCUCAUCUGCGCCAGCAACGUCUUCGGCAUGCUGGGCUUCUACGUGCCGUUCGUGUACAUCGUGGACUCGGCCAUGAUGAAGGGCGUGGAGCCGGACUCGGCGGCUUUCCUGCUGUCGGUGAUCGGCAUCACCAACACGCUGGGCCGCGUCAUCUCCGGCUUCAUCACCGACUUCCCACGCGUCGACGCGCUCUUCGUCAACAACGUCUGCCUGAUGCUCAGCGGCGUCUGCAUCUUCCUGAUCCCCUUCUGCUCCAGCUAUGCGAGCUUCGUUGUCGUCUGCGUGGCUUUCGGGUUCUUUGUCGCCGGAUACAUCUCGCUCACCUGUAUCGUGCUGGUUGACUUGCUGGGUAUUGACAAGCUGUCGAACUCGUUCGGCCUGCUGAUCCUGUUCCGUGGUACAGCGAGUAUGGUUGGCCCGCCCGUGGCAGGCGCCCUGUUCGACUACACGGGCGACUACGACGUGUCGUUCUACGCGGCCGGCGGCCUGCUGCUGCUCGCCAGCGGUAUCAGCUGCCUGGUGCCGGUGGCGCGGCGCGUGCUGGAGCGGCGCGGCGGCGGCGGUGGCGGUGGCACCGGCGCCGCCGUCGGCGGCAGCCCCAGCUCGCCCGCCUUGCCAGAGGUCAUCGUCAGCGACGAGAACGACGGUUCGCCAGAGGACGCCGUCUGAGUGAGAGACACUGGAGGCCACGCCGCGCGUGAAGGGCGCGGUCGACUAGCGGACAGUAUUCGAGGGCAGCCCGAGCCGAGCACGCGUCGGAGGGCGGCCUCAGGGGCCAAACGUCGUGGGACCUGGCGGAGCGAGCCGCACAGGAGCCCCGCGCCAAUCAGGACGUGCGUGUGCCGGCGGCUGGGCGCGCUCGUGGUCUGCGCGCGCGCCACGUGUGGAUGUCGCUGGUAAUGCGGGCGUCGCGAGCGGGGGUGGCCGCGGAGCGGUCCGCUCCUGUGUCGGACGCAUCUGAGGCGCGCUGGCUGUCAGUGCCGACGCCGCUUGUGGGCGUGCUCCCAAUGUCAGUGGACGCCUAGGAAGAUGGCGGGGUGGGGGGGGGGGGUGGGGGGAUAGAGCCGUGAGAUGCAGCAGAGCUUUGCGGGGCCUACGGCCCCCCACUGGCUGGUCAGCGAGGUGUUGACUGAGCGUGCGAAGGGGAUUGGCUGGGAUGAAUGAGGGCGUGCCGCCCGGCUGCGUGCCACGUGGAGGUGAUGCAACUGUGAUACUCGGUCCUCCCCAUCCGAGGGCAUUUGUCGAGACAGCGUCUGGACACGCCCCCAGUCGCAGGCCCCGACAGACGUCCAUAGCUGAGCAGGGCUGCGGCGGCGGGCGCCGCAACCGUCAGAAGUGCGCCGCCCUCGACGCAGCUGUAUCCGCUCGCCGUGGGCGCGGCGCAGAGCCGAAAUCGCAGUCCCCGGGCACGCGCCUAAUCGUAGACUCACUGUGUUAGGCAUUGAUUGUGAAGCUGCGAUUUGGGGCCCUCAAAUCGUCGCGCCGCGCUGUGUGCCGUGCAGCACGCUAGCCGAAGUGGAUGAAUGUCCAGACGCGUGCGCGAUUUGAGUGCCGCGGGAUGUUGUGUGUCCGGAAGCCUGUGGUAUUUGUCGUGUGUCCAGAAGCGAAUGGUGUUUGUAUCAUGGCGCACCUCCAAUCGCUUUUAAUAUAAACAUGUGGAAGAU